GAAAAUAAAAUAAACAUAUAUAAGAAGAAGCUUUCAGUGCAGGCAAAAAACACUUCCAUUCCAUGUUGUUCUUCUCCUGAACUUGAUGCAUUCUUAUUCUUCUUCAAAACUUCCAAUUAUGCAAUGAAUGUUGCGUAUUUCUCUUCCUUUCAUCUUCUUCCACGUUGCUUCACAACCAACUCCUCCCUCUUUCAGAAUCUCCAACAAUGUUUUGUACCAUCUCUCUCUGCCUUGGCCUUGACCCUUAAACAAAUUUAGUUUCAUUGUUCCUUUUCCACCACCAAAGUUGCGAUUUUUUUCGUUUUGUUUCAUCUGGGUCACUCACUGUUUGAUUUGAAGAAACAAACACACAGCAUAAUGAAAAAAGUUGUCUUUGAGAAGACCAAGAAAACAGGGAGAAACGACAGGUUUUUGGUGACUAUAAACAUCAUGGGAAGUUCGGGUCCUUUAAGGUUUGUGGUGAACGAGAAAGAGCUUGUUUCUGGAGUCAUUGAAACUGCUCUUAAAUCUUAUGCAAGAGAAGGAAGGCUUCCUGUUCUUGGUUUCAAUGCUGCCAAUUUCCUCCUUUACCAUCCAAACGCAGGAUUUGAUGCUCUGAAUCCAUUGGAACCCAUAGGAUCUUAUGAGGCAAGAAACUUUGUGAUGUGCAAAAAGCAGGAGUACUCGUCAAAGAAAGAACCGCAAUCAGAGUUGAUAUCUCCGAAGAGCAAUGGUGGCUGGAAAGCAUGGUUAAACAAAUCUUUUGGUUUGAAAAUCUUGUCACAUUGAUUGAAAACAUAUGAAUUGUGAACGUGUUAGAAAAUUCCGUUUGAAUUCGGAAUUGUGCUCAACGUCACACUAUAUAAAAGUGGCCUUAGCAUUGAAGUUUAAUUGUUCAUUAUUAAUACAAAAAAAAUGCUUGUACUUUAGAAAUUAAUAUCAUGAAUAAUUGGUUUUUUUA